AUGGCUACAAUUUUGUUUGAUUUAUCUAAAAAUGAGCUAUUCAAGCUCACAGAUAAUUACAAGACCGUUAAUCGAAAGCUUAAGGCAAACUACAAGACAGAAAUCAAUAAAAAUGAGAUUACAGCUGAUACGUUGAGGUCGAUUGGUUUGUUCAUACUUGCCGGUCCACAACAAAAGUUCAAUGAGAUAGAAUUAGAAAGCUUAAAAGAUUUCGUAAAUAAUGGCGGAUCGUUGAUGGUUUUACUUGCCGAAAGUGGUGAAAAUGCAUUCGAUACAAAUAUAAACUUUCUGCUUGAAGAGUUUGGAAUGAAUAUUAAUUCAGACUCGGUAGUCAGACAACAUUACUACAAAUACUUUCAUCCAAAGGAAGCUGUUCUUAAUGGUUGUAUUGUUUGCGAGAACAUGAAUAAUGAACUGUUGAAAGUAAUCAAAAAGAGUGGAAAUCCAAGCAUCAUGGAUGAAAAAUACGAUAUAGAAAUCAUUUAUCCUUUUGGCGCAACUAUUAAUGUUAUCAGUCCAUCAAACACUUUAAUCACCACUUCAACAAUUGCUUAUCCAUUUAAUCGACCAGUGUGUGGUUAUUAUUCUAAUGAUAAUGGUGGGCAAAUAUUAGCAUUUGGAUCAGGACACGUGUUCACUGACAAAUACAUUGUAAAUGAACACAAUAUGUACGUUUGGGAUUAUUUUGUUACGCUGUUAGUGGAGAAAUCCAUCAAGUUCAAGGCUAAGGAUUUCAAUGAUGUUGAAAUUCAAGAUUAUACAACAAUUCCGGAUGUUAUAUACUUGGCAGAUCAACCUAAAAUAUGCUUGGUGGAAUCAUUUGAUUGCGAUAUUCCAGCUGAUUUUAAGAAAUUAUUUGAUAUGAGUUUGUAUUCAAUCAACAAUGAUCGCUUGCAUGAAGUUAUUGCGACAUAUAAGAAACUUGAUAUUGAAUACGAGCCACUGAGAAUAAUCAAACCACAAUUCGAGUUGCCCUUGCCACCCACACAAUUGGCUGUUUUUCCUCCCAUUUUAUCUGACUUGCCACCACCUCAACUUGAGUUGUUUGACUUGGAUGAAGCUUUUAGUUCAGAAAAAUCUCAAAUAACUCAAUUAACCAACAAAUGUUUUAAUCAAACAGACAAGUCAUCGAAAAUUGUUGAUCAAAAAGAGUUGGAAUAUUUCAUUAGAGAGUGUGGUCUUUGUUUAUUUAAUUCAAGUGUAGAUCAGUUAUCAUCAUCAGUGAUGAAGAUUUUUUAUCUCUGUGCCUUAUUUACUGUUGUUUAUUGUCAAGAUGUCACACCAAGGAGAGACGACGAAUGGCCUCCACCUAAUAUUCUUAGAUUAAUUAAACCAUUACAUGUUAAAUGUGUAGCUAAAACGGGUGUGACGGAAGAAGCAAUUAAAGAAUUUAGCGACGGAAAAAUUCACGAAGAUGAAAAUUUAAAAUGUUACAUGGCUUGUAUCUUUCACGAAAUUGAUGUUGUUGAUGACUACGGAAAUGUUCAUUUCGAAAAAUUACACGAUAUGUUGCCAGAAGAAAUGCAUGAAAUCACUUUGCACAUGGGCAAACGUUGUUUGUACCCUCAAGGUGAGAACUUUUGCGAGAAGGCUUUCUGGUUGCAUUCUUGUUGGAAACGAUCUGAUCCUAAACAUUACUUUUUACCAUAAUUUCAUUACCUAGAGGAAUAUUUUCCAUUUGAGCAUAUUAUGUUGCAAAAUACAUUUCGAUUACAGAAUAAAAUGUUUAAUUAGUUUAAGCAGCAUUAAUAAAAAAGUGUUUCGAAUCCUUUAAAUUUUUGAAUCUUAUAAAUUGAAAUAAACUAGAAACCGAUUGGAUAAUCAAAUUAG